AUGGUGGUAGCUGAACUUCUACAAUGGGAUGCUCCGAUUGCCCUCAUUCUUCUGGUCCUACUGACAAGAUUUAACGAUCGCUUGACCCACAAACAGGACUACGACUACGUGGAGAUCUUCGCUGGAGCCGGGGAGGUAAGUGCAAAGCUCCGGGAGGAAGGCUUACGGGGUGCUCCCAUCGACAUCCUGCUUAACCCCAUGCUCUUCGACCUCACCACUGAAACAGGUUUCUGCUUGAACAGCCCGCUCAAAGCAUCUUACCCUCCCACCCGAGAUGGUCCUGGUUCGUGGACAAAGUUUCAGUUCCUGGGCGAGCCACAAGGGAUGAAUAUAGGGGAUAUCUAUGAAGGCUGA